CACCUUUAUCAGGGUCACUUAACUGCCCCUCUCUGCUGGCAGCAGCUUUAGCCCGGGCCACAGCCGAUGAUGUCCUGCAGAGUGACCUCUCCAAUCUUUACCUGCCCAAACACGAGGACAGUCCAGAUGGGAUCAUACAGGUGGAGACGGAGAAGUUGGCCCGCAUAGUCUUCAGCAAGCUUCACAACACUUGCAGCACCUGGUUGAAGGACUUCCCGCUCCGGACAAAGCCACAUCGGUACUAUGACACAUCGAUCCACGCCAUUAAGAACAUGAGAAGGAAGAUGGAAGACAAGCACGUCUGCAUUCCGGACUUCAACACGCUCUUCAACCUGGAGGAUCAAGAAGAGCAGGCUUAUUUUGCCGUCUUCGAUGGCCACGGAGGCGUGGAUGCGGCCAUCUACGCCUCCAUUCACCUGCACGUGAAUUUGGUGCACCAAGAAGCGUUCCAGCACGACCCGGCCGAAGCCCUCUGCAAGGCCUUCCAGGUGACGGAUGAGCGCUUCGUGCAGAAGGCCGCCAGAGAGAGCUUGCGAUGUGGCACCACAGGCGUUGUGACGUUCAUCCGAGCGAGCAUGUUGUACGUGGCCUGGCUGGGGGACUCUCAAGUGAUGCUGGUGAAAAGGGGCCAAGCGGUGGAACUGAUGAAGCCUCAUAAACCAGAUCGGGAGGAUGAGAAGAAACGCAUUGAGGCCCUUGGAGGCUGUGUGGUCUGGUUUGGAGCAUGGCGAGUCAACGGAAGUCUUUCUGUCUCCCGAGCCAUUGGUGAUGCAGAGCACAAGCCAUACAUCUGUGGAGACGCAGAUUCUGCCUCCACGGCGCUGGAUGGAUCGGAAGACUACCUCAUCCUAGCCUGCGACGGCUUCUAUGACACGAUGAAUCCCGACGAGGCGGUGAAGGUGGUGGCUGACCACUUGAAGGAGAACAAUGGAGACAGCAGCAUGGUGGCCCACAAGCUGGUGGCUUCAGCUCGAGACGCCGGCUCUAGCGACAACAUCACCGUCAUCGUGGUCUUCCUCAGGGACAUGAGCGCCUCCGUCAGCGUCGGCGAGGACUCCGAGUGGACCGAGAACUCUUUCCAAGGUGGGCAAGAGGACAGCGGAGACGACAAAGAGAACCAGGGGGACUGCAAGAGACAGUGGCCUCAGCACCAGGUCUCGGCGCCCGCCGAUCUUGGCUACGACGGCCGAGUGGAUUCCUUCACGGACCGAACUACCUUGAGCGCCGGCUCCUCCAUCAACGUCUUCGAAGAUCCGGGCUGCCUAGACCUGAGGAAAACCGAAGCUGGCAAACUCCACAGUGCCAAACGCCUCUCCCCAGAUCAAGUCUUCAGUGCCGGCGUCCCCAAGAGGGCGAUUUUGAGUCAAGGCAUCUUGGGCAAAGGCAAGAGAGGGGAGGGCGUUACGCCCGAAGGGCGCGACCCUCUGCGGGGCUCUGUGAACUUGGGCUGUCCCCGCCCAGGGGAGCGCGACGUGGCGCCGGCGGAGGCCCCGAUCUCCGCCGGGCCUGAAGGCGAGUGGUUCAAGUCAUGGGGAAGACCUGCUUCCAUUUUCUCUCAUUUUCAUUUCUGCGACGUGAAGCGGUGGCAACGGUUAGCCAGACUGAAGCCGAAGCUCCACGGGCUUCUCUUUGAGCAGAGGCCCCUUUUCUGCUCAGAAAGUUUAACCCUCUGCUCACCCAACCUCCUAAAUGGCCGUAGGAACAAGUUCUUAAGAAGUCGUCCUGGGCAAAUGUCCCUUGGCUGCCAUCAAAGUCACGGUGACAGCAUUUUGUUGAUGCUAAGGCCAAGUCCCUGUAUACCAGACCCGUGGCUGCUGUGGAGUUGUAAAAAAUAACACGUUCCCUCCUUUUUUUUCCCCCUUUUCUUCUUCUUCUUCUUCAAUAGUCUAGACAUUCACAGAAUUAGAAGUAAUUCAGAGGGAGCGUUUCAGAAUCAGGAUACCGGCGGAAGGCUUGACUCGUGUAAAUACCUCCUAAGGAAUCAGUGUUUGUCUCCAAAAUCAUCCUGGGAAUCGGUGUUUUCGCCUCCAAAAUUGUGAAAAACACAAACCAACCAACAAACAAGGAUUGGCACAUCGGUCCGCCUAGCAAUUUCCUGGACACAUUCAAUCUUCUCUCUCUCUCUCAUGUACAAACACACACACACACACGGAUCAUGUAUGCACUCUGUGUAGUAGCUUCAUUUCUUCGUGGGGACUGGAUAUUCUUAUGGACUCGCCGGACAAGACAGGAAGGUGCCAUUAAAAAAAAAACAAAGAAAAGAAUUUGCAAAAAAAAAAA